AUGGUGGACGCGGCGGAGCAACCGCUUCCCGCCUCCGUACUACCGGACGAGGGAGAAAGCCUCCUCAAGAUCCGCAUUGAGAGGAUGCAUAAGAAGCUGACGGAACCACCACGGUUGCUUAGCUCGGCCGCGGGACGACCAACUUGCUCCAUCUUCCGAGUACCUCAGAGCAUGAUUGACUGUAACGGAAGAUGCUAUGAGCCGCGAGUCGUCUCGAUCGGACCGUAUCACCGUGGCAAAAUGCACCUCAAAAUGAUUGAAGAACACAAAUGGCGUUACUUAAACGUUCUUCUCGCUCGAACCCAAAACCUAACUCUAGAGGCUUACAUGAAGCGCGUGAGGACCGUUGAGGAAGAGGCGAGGGAGUGUUACUCCGAGUCAAUACACAUGGAGUCCGAAGAGUUCAACGAGAUGAUGGUUCUUGACGGUUGCUUUAUUCUUGAGCUGUUUCGUAAAGUGAGCAUUCUUGUUCCUUCCGAACCUAACGAUCCACUUAUGGCCAUGGCUUGGGUUCUUCCUUUCUCUUACAGAGAUUUGCUCCGUCUUGAGAAUCAAAUCCCUUUCUUAGUUCUUGAAACUUUGUUCGAUCUCACGAGAGGUGAUAACGAGAAAGAGACCAACGCUUCAUUACAGUCUCUAGCGUUUGCCUUCUUUAACAACACGAUGCACAGAACAGAUGAAGAUCUCGCCAGGUUCAAAGACCUAAAAGCCAAACACCUCCUCGACCUCGUCCGGUCAAGCCUCAUCCCGAAGAAUGAGCUUCACGAGCCGCCGGUAACGAAUAGUAAGGAGAAGAUGCCGUCCCACGUCAUACACUGCAUCUCGAAGCUCCGGCGAGCCGGGAUCAAGCUCCGGGAGCUGAAAGACGCAGAGAGCUUCUUGGUGGUGAGAUUCAGGCACGGAACGAUCGAGAUGCCGACGAUCACCGUCGAUGACUUCAUGAGCAGUUUCUUAGAGAACUGCGUGGCCUACGAACAAUGCCACGUGGCGUGCUCAAAGCAUUUCACGACAUACGCGACGCUACUAGACUGUCUGAUGAACAGUUACAGGGACGUAGAGUAUCUAUGCGAGCAAAACAUCAUAGAGAACUAUUUCGGAACAGAUGCAGAGAUCGCGGGAUUCGUGAACAGUCUAGGCAAAGACGUGGCCUUCGACAUAACACAGUGUUAUCUCAGAGACUUGUUUAAAGACGUGAAUAAGUAUUACAUGAGUGGUUUGCAUGUGACAUGGGCUGGUUUCAAAUACACUUACUUUAGCUCUCCUUGGUCUUUUGUCUCCGCUCUUGCUGCUUUUGUUCUUUUGGUUUUGACCGUUGUCCAGACUAUUUACACUGUUCUCCAGGCUUAUCAAAAAUAAAUUCAAUGUUUCAUCACUA